GCCGCUACCGUCUCCUCAGGCUCGUGGCGGGCGGUCCUGGAGCGCCGAGUGGCGCUGGGGAAGCGGCUCUUCCUUUCGUGACCGCCGCCGCCAUCUCCGCGUUUUCGGGGCGGGAAGGAGGGGGUGCUCAGGGCUGCAGCUGGAGCGGGCUCCUCUCCGGGGACGGUCCUCUCCUUGCUCUGCUUUGCCUCCUCCCGGCGCCGCCCGCCCCCUGCGCCCUCCGCGUGCAGCUCGGGCCCGGGAGGGGGAAGGUAGGGGCGGCGGGGGGGCCGGGAGAGGCCGGGGAACGGACACACACCCCGAGGAAAGUCCUAGAUCGCAGCGCCCCGGAACCCAGGGUGCACCCCGGCCGGGCCCCCGCAGUAGCCGAGGCAGGAAGGGGCUCCGGCGGGGACGCGGGGGCGGCGUGGCGGGGGCGGGCCUGGGUGUCCCGGCGCUAAGUUGUGGGGCACGGCGCCUCCAGGUCCAGUUCCUCCUUCAGUGCGCGCGCUCCUCGCUGCCAGCGCUGCACGCUCGGCCCUGGAGCCGCGGAACCCGCGCGUUCUCUGGGCGCCGAGGACACGCCUGCCCUUGUCGAGAAAACUUUUCCUGCCGACUCAGUCGUGGCGGCGGUGGCAGGAAGUCGGGGCAGCGACCUCUCCUCUGCCGGCUCCGCGCGCCCUACCGGGUGUCGGUCCCCAGCAGGAAAGCAAGUUUGUGGGGACCCUUUCCUGGCUGCUCAGGAGUCCGUCUCGCAGGGACGGCCAGCCCCGGGGAGGGCAGCGGAGGGCUUAGGCCGAGGGCGCGUGGUGGCUCCGGGAAACGAGGUGCGGAGCGCGGCCGGGACUCGCGCUGUAGAGCGCGAAGGGUGUGCAGCCCGGAGCAGAGAGCCUUCGGCGAUCGCCGGCUGGAGUCGCCAGUCCUCUGCCUCUUUCGUGUGAGGACCGUGUCCUGGCCCCGAGUCUAUCGAGGAAAAAAAUGAAGUUAAGUCGCCAGUUCACCGUGUUCGGCAGCGCGAUCUUCUGCGUCGUAAUUUUCUCACUCUACCUGAUGCUGGACAGGGGUCACUUGGACUACCCUCGGGGCCCGCGCCGGGAGGGCUCCUUCCCGCAGGGCCAGCUUUCAAUAUUGCAAGAGAAGAUAGACCAUUUGGAGCGCUUGCUAGCUGAAAAUAAUGAGAUCAUCUCAAAUAUCAGAGAUUCAGUCAUCAACCUGAGCGAGUCUGUGGAGGACGGUCCGAAAGGUUCACCGGGCAAUGGCAGCCAGGGCUUGGCACGCCUGCUUUCCUCACAGUCAGCCCUCCAGGUUGACCCCAAGGACUGUCUGUUUGCCUCACAGAGUGGAAGCCAGCAUCCAGAUGUGCAGAUGUUGGAUGUUUAUGAUCUGAUUCCUUUUGAUAACCCAGAUGGUGGCGUUUGGAAGCAAGGAUUUGACAUUAAGUAUGAAGCUGAUGAGUGGGACAGUGAGCCCCUUCAAGUUUUUGUGGUGCCUCAUUCCCAUAAUGACCCAGGUUGGUUGAAGACUUUCAAUGACUACUUUAGAGACAAGACUCAGUAUAUUUUUAAUAACAUGGUCCUAAAGCUGAAAGAAGACUCAAGCAGGAAGUUUAUAUGGGCUGAGAUCUCUUACCUUUCAAAGUGGUGGGAUAUUAUAGAUAUUCCGAAGAAGGAAGCUGUUAAAAGCUUGCUACAGAAUGGUCAGCUCGAGAUUGUGACGGGUGGCUGGGUUAUGCCUGACGAAGCCACGGCACAUUAUUUUGCCUUAAUUGACCAACUAAUUGAAGGGCAUCAAUGGCUGGAAAAAAAUCUAGGAGUGAAACCUCGGUCAGGUUGGGCCAUAGAUCCUUUUGGACAUUCACCUACAAUGGCUUAUCUUCUAAAACGUUCUGGGUUUUCACACAUGCUCGUCCAGAGAAUCCAUUAUGCCGUGAAAAAACACUUCUCUUUGCAAAAAACCCUGGAAUUUUUUUGGAGACAGAAUUGGGAUCUCGGAUCCGUCACAGAUAUUUUGUGCCACAUGAUGCCCUUCUACAGCUAUGACAUCCCUCACACCUGUGGACCUGACCCUAAAAUAUGCUGCCAGUUUGACUUUAAGCGGCUCCCUGGAGGCAGAUAUGGUUGUCCCUGGGGAGUCCCACCAGAAGCAAUAUCUCCUGGAAAUGUGCAAAGCAGGGCUCAAAUGCUACUAGAUCAGUACCGGAAAAAGUCCAAACUUUUCCGUACUAAAGUUCUCCUGGCUCCUUUGGGAGACGAUUUCCGGUUCAGUGAAUACACGGAGUGGGAUCUGCAGUACAGGAAUUACGAGCAACUAUUUAAUUACAUGAACUCUCAACCCAAUCUUAAUGUGAAGAUUCAGUUUGGAACUUUAUCUGACUAUUUUGAUGCACUGGAAAAAGCAGCUGAGAAGAGUGCCCAGUCCCUGUUCCCUGUCCUGAGUGGAGACUUCUUCACUUACGCCGACCGAGACGAUCAUUACUGGAGUGGCUACUUCACAUCCAGACCUUUCUACAAACGCAUGGAUAGGACCAUGGAAUCACGUCUCCGGACUGCUGAAAUUCUUUACCAUUUGGCUUUGAAGCAAGCUCAGAAAUACAAGAUAAAUAAGUUCCUCUCAUUACCACACUACACAACACUGACAGAAGCCAGAAGGAACUUAGGACUAUUUCAGCAUCAUGAUGCCAUCACAGGAACUGCGAAAGACUGGGUGGUCGUGGAUUAUGGUACCAGACUCUUUCAGUCACUAAAUUUUUUGGAGAAGAUAAUUGGAGAUUCUGCAUUUCUCCUCAUCUUAAAGGACAAAAAGAUGUACCAGUCUCAGCCUUCUGACACCUUCUUGGAGAUGGACACGAAGCAAAUUUCACAAGAUUCUCUGCCAAAAAAAACUGUGAUACCACUGAGUGCACAGGAGCCCAGGUAUCUCGUGGUCUACAAUCCUUUUGAACAAGAACGGGCCUCAGUGGUGUCCGUCUGCGUGAACUCCGCUGCAGUGCAAGUGCUGUCUGAUACAGGAAAGCCCAUGGAGGUUCAAGUCAGCGCAGUCUGGAAUGAUGCGAGAACCAUUUCACAAACAGCCUAUGAGGUGUCUUUUCUAGCUCAUAUACCACCCCUGGGAAUGAAAGUGUACAAGAUCGUGGAAUCACAGAGUUCGAGUUCACACAUGGCUGACUAUUUCCUGUAUAAUGGUGGCAUAGCAGAAAAUGGAAUAUUCCACGUGAAGAACAUGAUAGGUGUGGGGGAUGCUAUAACUAUAGAGAAUUCCUUCCUUGCGCUCUGGUUUGACCGAUCUGGGCUUAUGGAGAAAGUGAGAAUGAAAGAAGACGGUAAACACCAUGAAAUGAAGGUGCAGUUUCUCUGGUAUGGAACCACAAGUAGAAGAGACAAAAGUGGUGCCUAUCUCUUCUUGCCCGAUGGGCAGGGCCAGCCAUAUGUUUCCCAUCGGCCGCCCUUUGUCAGAGUGACACAUGGAAGGAUCUAUUCGGAAGUGACCUCCUUCUUUGAACACGUGACUCAUACAGUCCGACUGUACAAUGUACAGGGAAUAGAAAGGCAGUCGGUGGAAGUUUCGAAUAUUGUGGACAUUCGAAGUGUGCAUAACCGUGAGAUUGUAAUGAGAAUUUCAUCAAAAAUAAACAGCCAAAAUAGAUUUUUUACCGACCUGAAUGGAUACCAGAUUCAGCCUAGAAGGACAAUGAGCAAAUUGCCUCUUCAAGCCAACGUUUACCCAAUGAGCACGAUGGCGUACAUCCAGGAUGCCGAGCACCGGCUCACACUGCUCUCUGCUCAGUCCUUAGGCACUGCCAGCAUGGCUUCUGGUCAAAUUGAAGUCUUCAUGGAUCGAAGACUCAUGCAAGAUGAUAACCGUGGCCUUGGGCAAGGCGUCCAUGAUAAUAAGAUUACAGCUAAUUUGUUUCGAAUCCUGCUGGAGAAGAGAAAUGGUGUGAACAUGGAAGAAGAGAAGAAGAGUCCAGUCAGUUAUCCCUCCCUCCUCAGCCACUUGACUUCGUCCUUCCUCAAUCAUCCCUUCCUCCCCAUGGUACUAAGUGCCAAGCUCUCCUCGCCCACUGUCGAACUGCUGAGUGAGUUGCAUCUGCUUCAGUCAUCUCUACCAUGUGACAUCCAUCUGGUUAACCUGCGCACAAUACAGUCAAAGAUGGGCAAAGACUAUUCAGAUGAGGCAGCCUUGAUCCUCCACAGAAAAGGGUUCGAUUGCCAGUUCUCCAGUAGAGGCACGGGGCUCUCCUGUUCUACUACUCAGGGAAAGAUGUCAGUCCCAAAACUUUUCAACAAGUUUGCUGUGGAAAGUCUCACCCCUUCGUCACUGUCCUUGAUGCACUCGCCCCCAGAUGCCCAGAAUAUAAGUGACAUCACCCUGAGUCCCAUGGAAAUCAGCACAUUCCGAAUCCGCCUGAGGUGAAACUGACUGCCGGAUUUGAGUGGAGAAACUCUGGCUUGUAACCUUCCUUGGUUUCUACGUGCAAUAACUAAGCACAUUACUUUAGCUUCUGGCUACUGUGAGAACAUGAAUUCUGUGAUUUUUUUUUUUUAAACAGUCUAGUAAGAAAAGAAGAAAAAGCCAUGCUUUCAAAAAGGUUUCUUUUUCUAAGUUUGUCCACAAACUGCCGCCAUCAGUGUGAACUGGUGUUACAAAAAUGAAGACUUACAGAAAGACAACCCCUCAACAGACUGUAUCUCAGGUUAAAUGCUAGCUAAGUAUGUUUGCGUUGAGGGUUGUAUAGAGAUUCUUAAAGAUAUCCACGUUUCAGAUCAUUAGUUUUAUAAAAAAAAAAAAAAAAAGAAUACCCAUUUGAAAAUAGAAAGAAAAAAAAAGUUGGUGGGUAAUAGUUUAAUGACCAAAAUAGUUGUAAUCAUUGAUCAUUGCUACAAAUUUAAAUUUUUUGUGUGCUUAAAAACAUGUGGAAAAGUGCAAUCCCUCAACCCUUCCGAUAAAUGUAGUUCAUUUCCAUACUCUUUCCCAACGAACCUCUUGACUGCCCUUUCCUUCCCCCACAGUUAAAACAAUAGCUGAUUUUUUAGUCAUUCACCAGUAGAAACAGAGGCAUAUUUUCAUUACUUGACAAUGUGGGAUCGGUGCAAUUUAUUCCAUUGUCACAGAAACAGAAGAAGCAAUUCCAUUUUAGGUACCACAAGGUGUCUUUUUACACAGCUCAUUUGAAUACAGGUGUUCCAAGGUGGGGUUUUCUAUUUUUAAAUUACCAUAUCAAAAAUAAAUGUGCCUUAUUUUUUUAUAAGUCUUGUUAAAUCUUUUGGUGUCCAUAUUACUGUUUGGGAAGGGGAGGGGUGUUGGGAGGCCGGGGCAGGGGGUCGGUACUUUCUAUGACACAUAAAUUAUGUAAUUUUUUUGCUUGAUAAUGCUGGCCACGUUCUGAUCUAUUUCAUUAAAUUUGUGGUGGUGUUACUCGAAACAUUUUGACUAUUUGAAUGUACUGAGAUGUCAGAAAACAAAACAAGGAAGAAAAAUACUGUUAAUUAAAAUAUGCUGCUGCCAAGGAAACUGCAACUUGAAGCGAGGAUUUCAUAACACACGAGAUCCAAAUCCUGUUUGCAUUUCACAGUAGUUAACCAUAUUAAAGAGAGAAGGCUUUAAAAUAGACUAUUUUCAAGUCCACUGCGCGUAGCUCAUCUUGAUGUAUCUUACUAAAGCGUAUGUUCCAAACUUUUGUGUGUAGUGAACUCAGUGUGUCAUUCUCGCCCAUGUGCCAUCACAGGACGUUUAAGUUAAUUUGAGGUCAUUGUUUCUUUAAUGUAACAAGUGUAUUUAAUGUCAGCAAAGAAAGAAUUCUCUGGCUGUGUACACUUUUGAAAAGUUCUCUUCAGUGUCUUAACCUGGUUUAGUAUUAUCUGAUGUAAACUUCUGUUUACCUCCUGUCAUUCCAAUCCCCUUAUGGAGACAGUCAUUUCUGCCUCGCCAUUUAUUCUGAUAGUCAUCUGGAUUUUGACUCAAGAUGCAGCUCCUACGUUCACUGUUCUGUUCUGCUCAUAAACUCCUCUGCCUAUAAUCAUUAAGGGAACAAUGCCAGAGCUAACAACCAUACUGCAAGGGUGUAAUUCCAUGCAAUAAGCAUGCGCUGUGCAUUCCCUUCCUCACUUGUUGGGGAAUAAGCAACUAAAAUACAAGAAAACGGCUUUCUUCUGUAGACCUCUACAGACACUGACUAGGAUAGUUGGGAGCAGAUCCCAGGAAUAAUACCACAAGCAUUCUUGGCUUUUCUUAAGGGUGUCCCUUCCUGUGGAUGGUCACUGUGUUCUGUGGUUAAGUGGCUGUACUUAAUCACCAUGGAAAUCCUGAUGAGACGAAAUGAAAGCUGAUGCAAUAAAAAUGGAUCUGCCCUGUGUUGGUCGGGGUCUCACUCAGUAAGCACUGUUCCCACCAGCUAUUGACUCACAAGUGAAGCAGAAAUUCUCUUGAACCAGCAAAUUUCUGCUUUUUGGAGUUAUUUUCAGACUACAACAUCAGGGAAAUGAAGAAGAGGGUUUUUUUUGCUUUGGGUUAUAGUCAAGAUCUAACUAAAUAAUUGAGUUUCUCUGGCACCCAUGAACAACCGGCCAUGUUUCAGUCAUGACCUCAGUGGUCUGUCUGGUUAGAUUUUAUUACACAUAUCGUCACAAAUGUUCAGUGGACCAAGUCGUUACUUCACUGCUCUCUCCCUACUUCUUGAAAUUUUAAUUUUGUUUAUUGGGUGCAUUGUUCAAAUAUCAGCAUUCUUGUUUUCUGGAAGUAUUGAUUUAAAUAAAAAUGCUGUAAGAUGUUAUAAAACAUUGUAAUUAUCUCCCAGUGUCUGUACUUGUGAUGAAAAUGUUUUCCCAGUCCUUUGUCUAGCAGGAAAUGUUUACUUUCAUUUUGAUUAUUUUGCUCAUUGAAAUCAACAGGUUUUGAUAUUUUUCUCUUGGAAGAUUUUUAUAACUUUUUGGGAAUAUGUAAUAUAAGAUCUCUAAUAAAAUAUAAUCUUAUCCUGUG